UGACGGGAUGACCAUCUUCAGUCCCGUGCCGUCGGCUCGGUUCCGACGCAGCAGUGUGUCCAUCAACCCGUGUCAGCAUGUCCCCUUGUCUCCGUUCUCUCUGAGUGGAGACAGAUCGGACCUGAAGAGACCGGAGGAGAACAUGGAGCUGAUGCUCAGAGACAGUCUGCAGAGAGUCAGUCCCUCCAGUCUGGUCCCAGUUCCUCCGGUGGGCCAGUGGCACCAGCACGCCUCAGUG